AUCAAGACAAGGAUAACGGUUCCACCAUCGUCGACAGCAGCGGGGAGAGGAUGAACAACCUGCUGAAGACCUUGUCGGACAGCAAGGUUAAAACUUUGCCAGAUGUAGACCUCAAAUCACUGUUAACGACUGUCAAGGAUGGUAGAGGACGGCGAGAUGAUAAUGCACUUUCUAAUGCCUUCUACGAGUCACUUGAAGGAGUUUUGGCAGACCUCAAAACGGUCACCCUGGAUAAUCACGAUGCGGAGGCCUUCCUUAAGCCAGUGCUCAAGGCGGAGGUCGCGGACUAUUAUGAUGUUAUCUCGAAUCCCAUGGACUUUCAAACCAUGAGUAAGAAACUUAAAGCAAGACAGUAUAAGUCUAAGAAAGAGUUCAAGGAUGACCUGGAUCUUAUUUGGUCGAAUUGUUGUACAUAUAACUCAACAGAGGGACACCAUCUUCCCAAAGCUGCCCUACGGCUUAAGGCCAAGGCAGAUAAACUACUCGUUCACAUCACCGACCGCAAGGAACGUGCAGAUCCAUAUAUCCCAUACGACUUUUCUUCGUCCGGCGCAUUGCAUCCAAAGAUCAAUGGCAUCAAUGGACGUGCACAUACUCGUUCACCAUCCGUCGCUUCACCAUCGUCCUCCAAAUUACCCACAAUCACUAUCAAAGCAUCCUCUCUAGCGAAAGAUGUCACCAAGGUCCCUCGACGAGAUACGUCCUUUGAGGAAUCUCCGGCAUUGAUUAGAACGCCAGAAGGCAUGUCCAUGUUCCGGGACUUGGAUCGAAGUUUACAAGAAGCAGGCCCGUCUUCGUCCACCUCCGAUAUACGGACUCGAAUGCGUGAACUCGUCCCGUCCGAGCAUGAAGACGAAUACGACGAGUCGGCACAACUAGGCGAUAAAAGAAAAGUCAUCAAUGGGGUCAAUGAUCACCGAGCUCACAAACGUAUUCGAUUCGCUACCCCACUUCCUUUAUCCGAUUCUUCACCUGGCUCCCCUACCACAAUUUCCAAGGACGACGAACUCACACAAUUAUGGUGGAGUACUGUCCAAUCCGAUGCUUUAUUACCCAAUGGCCUACCUGAAUUUCCAUCCUCCGCAUCAUCAUCAUCAUCGCCACGGCAUCCAUUCCUGAGACCACCAAUACCGAAAUCCCCAGCCCAAACAGCGAAGAAGAAGAAAUGCAGAAAGAAAUUGCCGCAUUCGUAUCGACCAGAAGAUAAACCGAAAGCAUUGUUGACCUUGAUGAACAAUAAUGUACGCACCAUCAAACGCGUGAGACAUACUCAUGCGAGGUUUGCUGCGUUGGGGUUGACGAAAGAUUCGGGGGUGGGGAAUGAAGAUGGGGAAGGAGCAGAAGCUGCACCUAGUUUCAAUGCUCAGACUUCUUCAGCGGUGGGCCCCGGGCCUGGCCUUGGUACAGGCGGUCUGGGUUCAGAUCCAAUGGACGUGGAUGAAGCGAUUGACGACCGAGUCGAUGAACGUCCGUGGGAGGUCCCUACAAGGCGGGGACGUAAGAUCAGUGGGAUCGAGAUUGGAAGCGAAAAUGCUGAUGAUUGUUUACGGUGGAUGAACGGGAAGGUGUUGGAGCAUGCUGGGUUUCAAGGGACAUCCAGAGCGGCGUUGGACGUACUGUCUGGCGUAGCAUCGGAGUAUCUCCUCAAUGUGGGCCGAACGAUCAAGUUCCUUUGCGACAAAUUUGCAAACACGAUGAGCACAGAGGAAAUCAUCCUUCACACGCUCUUUGAAUCCGGUAUCUCCGAAAUCCAGGACCUUGAACGAUAUGUCGCUGAUGACGUUGAGCGAUACGGCUCUCGCUUGGCUGAUUUGGAGAAGAAGCUUGUGGGAGCUUAUCGGGAAGUUACGUCCGUGGAAACUCUGGAAGACGAGGGUCUGUUCGAUGAGGAGGAAGAGGAAGAAAAUAGCGCUUUGGCUCUUGGUGAAUUCGCCGAUACCCUCGGAGUGGAUUACUUUGGUCUGCGUGAACUGGGUAUCGCGGAGGAAUUUGGCAUGUCGAGUUUGACGAUUCCGAAAAGGUUACUCAGAGGGAAGAAGAAAAGAACGAACCUUCUACCCGUUACGAAGCCAACCGAGCCACCACCACCAUUUCCUCCACCUCCAGCAUUUAUUCCACUUACCGCCGGAAGGAUACCAGAACAAAUUGGACUUCUGCAGAAGUUUUACCACGACCGAUUGCAGGCUGUUGCUGCUCCUCCCGCGCCAGCAAUACCGCCUCUCGUACCUCCAUUAUCACAUUUACCAGUCCCUCCACUUGCACCUCCACCGCUGCUUGGACCCUCACUAAGCAACCCUUAUCCAAGCAUACCAUCACUCCCGAAACCAUAUAUUCCUCCUCUACUCGGCCCACCCAAACUUCCUGGUGGUCAACCAGCACCCGCACAUACACCCACGCCCAUAUCAAACAGCCUUCCACCAAUGCACAAUACCGCCACUCAUCUUCCUUCAAAUUCCCUUCUGCCUCCUUCGGGCUUACCACAGGAACCAUCAUUAUCAUUACAACCGCCAGCCCAGCCAUUUUCACCUCCUCCUGAAACUAUCAUACCGGACGACUCUCCGACACCAGCACAAGCCAAGAUGAGUCCUCUUGGUCAUAUUGUCAAGACUGGAUCAUCGUAUCCAGCUGCCAAGAAAAAGGCCAAAGGUGCUUCUAGUGCUGCUGCUGGUGCAGCGUCGAACUCUAACAACGGCAAUAAAGCCAACACAAACGCUUACUCCGCCAAUGUCAACACCGACGUCAGUAAUCCGCUGUCCGCUACUCCCAAUCCGCCCUCAGCAGGAGAAACUUCGAAUAACCGGUUGGUGAAUGGAAUCGUUAAACCCGAAUUUGGAUCUGGACCCAUGAAUUUGAAUGGUAAUGCUACAAGCAAACCGGGGGCGUCCACAAUGUCCAUGACGAUAGCUACGGGAGAUCCUGUGAUCGGGCCUGCACCUUCGCUAAAGAAGAAGAAAGGUGCAACGGGGGUAGGGAGUGGAAAUGGGAGGAAGAAGCGAAUGCUUGAUGCUGCGCAAGGUCAAACUCAGGCUCAAGCGCAAGCUCAAGCUCAUACGCAUCCGAGUCAGAACCAGCCAGGGCAAGGGCAUGGGCAAGACCCACGGCCUCCGUUUCCGCCUUUUGUCGCUGCUAGUGCUUGACUUGCUUAACUUGCAUUUGCGCGCUCGCAAUUGUGGAUCCAUUGUCCAUAUCCUCUCCCUUCUCAUCAUACACCUUGCUCUUAUCAGCUUGUGUUCCCGUCACUUCAGUACCAUGCCGUUUUAUAGUAUUUAUUAUCGCAUACCAUUUUAUAGUUUAUCGCAUUUGUCUUUUCUCGGUUCCUUCCUUCCCAUUUGUCUUUCUAGCCCGGAGAGCAAGGUACAGACUCCGCUUUGAACAUGAAGGAGAAAACACGGGAACGGGCCCUCGUUACCUGAUUCUCUGUAUUUUGCAUCUGAUAUUCUUUUCUAAUUUGCUCAUCUGGAUAUUCACCACAACUCUGUAUCAUAGCUAUAGCAUUAAUCCAACAGUAAGUACUUGAGUAGGUAGAUGAAUUCUACCCUCUUCGUUGUCGUUA